AUGAUGGCUGGUGAUCACAUCAAGGUUAUCUAUUUUAACGGACGCGGACGAGCUGAAUCGAUCCGGAUGACACUUGUGGCAGCUGGUGUGAACUACGAAGAUGAGAGAAUUAGUUUCCAAGAUUGGCCGAAAAUCAAACCAACUAUUCCGGGCGGACGAUUGCCUGCAGUGAAAAUCACCGAUAAUCAUGGGCACGUGAAAUGGAUGAAGCAUCAUAUGAUGGGAGGAACAGAAGAGGAGUAUUAUAAUGUUGAGAAGUUGAUUGGUCAGGCUGAAGAUCUAGAACAUGAAUAUUACAAAACUUUGAUGAAGCCAGAAGAAGAGAAACAGAAGAUAACCAAAGAGAUACUGAACGGCAAAGUACCAGUUCUUCUCGAUAUUAUCUGCGAAUCCCUGAAAGCGUCCACAGGCAAGCUGGCUGUUGGGGAUAAAGUGACUCUAGCCGACUUAGUUCUGAUUGCUGUCAUUGACCAUGUGACUGACCUGGAUAAAGAAUUUUUAACUGGCAAGUAUCCUGAGAUCCAUAAACAUAGAGAAAAUCUAUUAGCCAGUUCACCGAGAUUGGCGAAAUAUUUAUCAGACAGGGCUGCAACUCCCUUCUAG